CCCCAGGAGACGCGGGUGCUGCAGGUCUCCUGUGGCAGAGCCCACUCGCUCGUCCACGAUGGUGAAGGAGUCUUCAGCAUGGGGAACAAUUCUUAUGGGCAGUGUGGAAGAAAGGUGGUCGAGAAUGAAAUUUAUAGUGAGAGUCACGCAGUUCAUAGGAUGCAGGACUUCGAUGUACAGGUGGUCCAGGUCGCCUGUGGUCAGGACCACAGUCUGUUCCUGACGGAUCGAGGAGAAGUGUAUUCUUGUGGAUGGGGUGCAGACGGGCAGACAGGCCUGGGUCACUACAAUAUCACCAGCACGCCCACCAGGCUGGGCGGAGACCUGGCCGGAGUGAACGUCGUCCAGGUGGCCACCUACGGGGACUGCUGCCUGGCCGUGUCAGCCGACGGCGGCCUCUUUGGCUGGGGCAACUCUGAGUACCUGCAGCUGGCCUCCGUCACCGACUCCACACAGGUGAACGUCCCCCGGUGCUUGCCCUUCUCGGGAGUGGGGCUGGUGAAGCAGGCUGCGUGUAGGGGCACAGGCUGUGCGGUAUUAAACGGAGAAGGACAUGUUUUCGUCUGGGGCUACGGAAUUCUUGGGAAGGGACCAAACCUCUUGGAAACCGCUCUUCCAGAAAUGAUUCCACCCACUCUGUUUGGCCUGACGGAGUUCAACCCGGGCGUCCAGGUUUCCCGCAUUCGCUGCGGACUCAGCCACUUUGCCGCCCUGACCAACCGAGGAGAGCUGUUUGUGUGGGGCAAGAACAUCCGAGGGUGCCUGGGAAUCGGUCGCCUGGAAGACCAGUACUUCCCUUGGAGGAGGAGCUUCCCGACCCAGGGAUCGAACCUGCAUCUCCUGCACUUCAGGUGGAUUCUU